UUCGAGUUCAAAAAUCGGUUCUUAAGAAGAAAUCAUUCUAAACAAGUUUUUUAAUGACUUAACGAAACGCAUUUCUCCCAGCCUUACUGAAGCUGAAUGACACCAACUCACUGGGCCUGAUGGAGUCGAGUCGAGUCGCGUUUCGUAUUCAGCAAAAGUGCAGUCGAUGUUCGCGUUUCGAUGGAAAUUGCUAAGCAAGUGAAAAGCGGAGCCAUAAUCUUUUCAUUCAUCCUCAUUUAAUAGCAAAAUUGUGCUUUCGUCGGAAGAAAAGACUAUCAAUUCCGCCAUUCGGAAGUAUCGCGAAGCUUGAUACGGCUGAAUAUUAUCGAAGUGAUACCGUGGGAAGCCAUUUUGGAGUGAAUUUCGAAUUUCGUACCGAAGCAGGCAUUUGUCGGACUCAGAUUACGAAGAGGGCCGAUAGUCGAGAAAAGUGGUCAGUCCGCAACGACUGCGAAGGAAAUUGCUGGAAGAAGAAAUAGGAACCUUUUUUCCCCUGUGCUCUAGCAGCUGAACGCACACAUCGGUGCAGUGUGGAAUUACACAAUACAGUGAAAUUCGCUGUGUGGGGAUUAUUUUUAAUAAUAGCCACUCGGUUUCAGUGUUGGUGGUGUAUUUUUUACUUCUGGAGAGACAGACAGAAAGUUGUCAACGUAGGACGUUCCCGAAUACGGGAGGAGGUCAAACACAGUACACAGACUAGAUAUUUGGACAACGGAGCAUAGAACGCGCUGACCAGAAAAAAUGCAUAUAAAUAACCCAGAUGCACUGAAGCUAUGGCUGACGGAAGUUUUAGAACCACUGUGUGAUGCAGAUCCGGCUGCCCUAGCCAGGUAUGUGCUGGCUCUGUUACGAAAGGACAAACCGGAAAAGGAGCUAAAGGACUGCAUGAAAGAACAGCUGGAUGUGUUUCUGGGCGUUGAAACGGAACCGUUCCUGGAGCGAUUAUUCCGAUCGAUCAAGAGUGAAGAGUACAUCAAAAUAGCUCAGGCAAAAGAGGCUGCCUUGGCGGCCACCAGUGCCACUCAGCAAGCUCAACCCGCCGUCACGACAGCUACCGCCAACAGCAGCAGCAGCGUAACGGGCAAUCAGUCUUCUCAAUCGAGCCCUGCCCCCCUAGAGGAAUCCGUCAGUAACUCCAAGGUGCGAAUCAAGCGUGAGUAUACUCCCCCGCUGCAUGAGACAAACAAUUCCAGCAGCAAUGGCAACAGCAGCAACAGUACCUCCCACAAAUCCAAAGAAGAAAAGUCUGAAAAAGUCCCCAACAGCGGCUCGGGAAAUGCCAACGCAAUGGCAUCAACGACGACGACAACGACAACGGGUGAUCAAGAUCCGCUGAGCAGUUCCAGCAGUGGGGCCCUUUCGAUUGGAGCCAACACCAAUAGCAGUUUGGUUUCACCUCCCGGAACCCACAGCAACAGCAAUAAUACCAACAGCGGCAAAAUGCCCCUGAAAGGUUCCUCCGGUGGAAGCACCAAGGAUGAUCAUAGCAAAGACAGUCGCAACCGUGGUCGACGGGUGUCGAAUCGUUCCCGGUCCCGAUCCCGUUCUCGUUCCCGUUCCUUCGAAAGAUCCCGAGACUCCAGGCGUUCCCGUUCCCGGGAUCGAGGUGGCAGAGAUUCGAACCGCGAUAAGUCCAGUCGCCAGUAUGGUGGCCGAAGCGGGAACAAAUCUCCCAUUGGAAGGGGUGGUGGAGGUGGUGGCGGCGAUUCAUUCAGAAGAUACGAACGCUCCAAGAACCAUGGUUACGAAAGUAGUCGCGGCGGAAAUCGGGGUGGUGCCGGAAAUGGUGGAAAUUUGGGAAUGGGAAGUGGAAGUACCAAGAUUGUGCUGCGAAGCCAGUCCGGAAGUAGAUCUCCGUCGCCGAUGGCUGAUAGACGAAAAAUGGCGCGAUCUGAAUCUCCGGCAAUGGUAUUAGCAUCCGCGGCGGCUGCUGCGACAGCAAGUGGAAUAACUGCUGCCCAGCCAAUGGAUAUAGUGACGGCCGUUGACGGUGUGAUUAUACCGGGAAAACGUCAACGUUGUCGAGAUUUCGACGAGAAAGGCUACUGUAUGCGAGGUGAAACUUGCCCUUGGGAUCAUGGAGUAGAUCCGGUGGUUCUGGAGGACAUUAACAAUCCAGCCUUAAUCACUAUUCAAUCGGCAGCGCAGAUGAGAGCUGGACCAAUACACCCUGAGUAUAGUCCGGAUGCGCCAGAGUUGUGGAACAGGCCUCCAAAUUUCCCGGGACCAGGACGACCUUCUAUUGCUCAGAGGUUAGGCGUCGGUGCGCCCGCAUUUGGACCCAGGGGUGCUUUAACAGGUGUUAACUUCAGAGGUGUAACACCGGGAUAUCCAACCGGUUUCCCUGGAAAUCCAAUUGGAGCCACGCCACUGCAAAGAGAGCUUAUCUCCGUACCGGUCGUUGAUGCAAACAAAGGCGGCGACGUAUCAGCUCAACAGCCAAAGAGAAGGUUCGAACCGGAAGAUGCUGUUGCUAUUGCCGAUGGACAUUUGAAGAGGAAAACACCAUUGAACAAUAGAUUGGGACCCAGAGUUACCGGUCAUCCGGCAGUCACGGGUGGAGCAGUAAACUCCCAGCAAAACUGUUCAUUGGAACUUCGCAAAAUUCCUCGUGGUUUAAAUGCGAUCGCUCACCUGAACAAUCAUUUUUCAAAAUUUGGUAAAAUUGUCAACAUUCAGAUCAGCUAUGACGGUGAUCCGGAAGCCGCAAUCGUAACCUUCUCAACACACGCAGAAGCUAAUGUAGCCUACCGAAGUACCGAAGCCGUGCUGAACAAUCGAUUCAUCAAAGUUUUCUGGCAUAAUGGAGUAACUGGAGAUCAACCAGCGAUUACACCGGCAGCGAAAACCGAACAUUCGCUGCGUAGGACCUACCCGAACCAGUACAGCAUCAAUAAUAUUGCUACAUCAGUGAAUACUUCUGCUACCGUUACACCAACCGUCGUAGCUUCCAAGGACUCGGGUAUGACGGUCAGCUCGUCAGCCUCCAGCGAAAAUGUCGCACCAACAUCGACAGCCCCAACAAUGGCAAUUACUAACACCGCCACAAAACUGGUUAACACAGUCACAACACCAAUAGUCACACCCAAUCAACUUCGUUUGAAGAAUUCUGCUAAAAUCAAUAGAGCCACAAAUGAACUGAUUCGUAAAAAGCAAGAAUUAACUCAGGGUCUGCAUAAGCGAAAACAUGAACUAAUGCAAGGCUACUUAAAAGAGUUACGUUCACUGGUAAUGAUGGUGGAGAAAUUUGAAGCUCAUGAUCCCAACCGUACCAAGCUGCUUGCCUCGGUCAAGGAACUGCAGGAAAAAAUCGAUAAAAUGAAGGAGGAAAUAUCAGCAGACCAAACUCAAAUUGUUGCACAGAUCCUCCCGAAGCCACGCAAAACAAAAGAACAGCAUGAAAAGGAUAUCCUCGACGCAGAGCUGGAAAUAAUUGCCCAAGAGCAACGAACCCAUAGAGUACCAGGUGCUCCGGCUCCUCCGGGUCCCCCUCAAGUUCCAGUUACUGCUGCCAAUGGCAAACCGCAAAUGUAUGGCCCACCGGGAGCUCGAGUAGCUGGCCGUCCCAAUCGAUUAGCUCCACUUGGAUCAACCAGUGUGGACAGGCGUCCAACCACCAUUUCCAUCACAGGAUUUGCCCUAGAAGAUGCCGAUGCGCUGCUCGGCCAUUUCAAGCAUUUUGGUGAGAUUACCAAACAUCAGCUAGACAACACGGUGCCAUCGCUUUCGAUAAGCUACUCGAUACGCCAAAACGCCGAAAAAGCCUUGGUACGCGGAAAGGUUUUCCGCGAUGUGACUCUGCAGAUUGGUUGGGUUGUUAACACUCCUGGAGUAACUACACCAUCCCCAGUGGUCGAAGCCCUGAAGCCGAAAGCCGAAGCAGAAAUAGCGGACCAGGAGAACAUAAGCACCAAUAAACCUGUUGCUGUGGUCAAUCCGAGCGACGAAAAAGUGACCCCCGCUGAAGGGAAGGAAGCCGGAUCUGUUGUAGUUGCAGCAGAAGAUGCGACCGGUGUGGGGUCCAUCACUUCGAUGGACACGAUGGUUGAAACUGGUUCGUUGGAAGAAGCAUCCGAAACCCGUUUGGUUGAAGAGGAAGAGGAGGAGGAAGAAAUGGAAUCCGAAGACCGUUCCUGGCGUCGUUGAUAAGAAGGAGAAAGAACACACAGCCGUCUGUGGGGACGGAAAUAAACCAGCCAUCACGAAGCAUCGGAGUGCGUUGAGAAAAACAACACUGAUUUUCUCGUUAAUUUCAUUAUUUUGUCGCUAGUAGUUUUUAGCAUCUUUUAUAAGUGAAUUUUGUUUAUUUUUCUCAAACAAAACCAAUUAGUAUGUAAGCUUUGCGCCACUCCGCAAACGGUUUUUUUCAUUUUUUGUUAUCUACCUUUUAAGUCCUACAUAGAGUUUUUGUAACGUUUUCAAAUUGUUAGGCAAACCAGACCGAGAGAUACAGUAGGAACCCAAAUUAUCCAAAGUAAAAAGAGGAAACGUUAUUCCAACGGCAGUCCAGUGUUUCGGAAGCAUUAUGUUAGGUAGAUCUUACCCCUUAGAUAACAAAUUCGGUUCAAAAAAAAAACAUACAACCUAAAUUACAGGAACCAUUUUAAACAACCAACCCAAUUGACUGUCGUUAAGUCUUUCUAGUUGUUUUUUUUAUAAUUGGUACUGAGACACUUGAAAGUGUGAGCAAGUAAAACAAAAGACGGAAAUGAUUCGAAACAACAUUGAAUCAACUGCUUUAAAAUAACAAACAAAUACAGAAACACACAAAAAAUAAAACACGAUGAGAUAGUUUUACCGAGUACAGUCUAGUAUAUCUAUUGAUAAUUAUUGAUUACGAAUUCAAUAUCUAUGCACGCAUAGACGAUCAAGCUAGUGUUGAAAAAGAAAUAAUAACUAAGUGUAUAUACAGUGAUUUGUAAUCUUAACACGACUUACGAAAAAAAAAAGAAGUAACUUUAAUAUAUGUUGAUAACACAUACAACAAAUCCUUAUCCAUGUAAAUGAAAAAAAAGUUAGUGGAGAAAGGUGUAGAAUCGUAAAAAAUUCUAUUUAAAACCUGUUACAUGAAAGAGAGAGAGAGAGCGCGGAGUAGUCGGAGAUGUGUGGCGAACAGCUAGAAGCCUGUGUUAUUCCCAGCGGAUAUCAACCGGUCGGUCCAUCAGCAUGCGGUGCAGGAGAGCGGAGAGAUGGCUCGUCGAACCGAUUUUCUUUUUUCUAGUCAGCGAGCGCGUGAGCCGCUUAUUGUGAUUGUGCGGACACAAUAACGCAAUUUGUGUCUUUUUCGUUUCUAUGUUUUCUGUUCUUGAUACUUUCUUCUGAAGAUUGGAUGGUGCACCAUCAGCGAGCGGCUACAGCAACGGCAUCAGCAGCAGUCUUCAAGUAUGGUAGAUUCGGCGAAAAAUGAAGCUGAGUUUUCUCUUCUUUGUUUAAUUAGUUGAUAAGAACAAAAACACUGUUAUCGAAUAAGUUGGAAACUAUUGUAUGCGUUUUGACCAACUAAAAAAAAGGAAAAGAAAAGAUGAAGCUAAAGCGAAAAAAUAAAUUGCCGAAAAAAAUCUGAAUUAAAAAAAAAACGAUCUAUCAAAGCAAAAAAAACAUUUAAAACAAAAAAAAGAUCAAAUUCAACAUCGGCAACGCGCUUUGCUAACUGAUAAAAAAAUGAAGUUUUACGAGUUACUACCCUUUUCAAACGGGGGUCAGAUAGAGAGCGAGAGUAUGAGCGAAAAAUAAAGACCGACUGUUCGGGAAAAAAGAUUACAAAAAGCUCGUAAACGGAGUUCAAGAUAGCUAUAACA